AUGUCAUCAUUACUUUAUAUUCCAAUUGAAUCAUUACAACGUGAAGAUAUUGAAAGUCUUGUCAAAUUAUGUUUAAAUGAUGAUACUGAUCGUGUUGAUCUUUUUGGUGGUCGGAAAGUCGCACUGAAGUAUUUGUUGAAGAUACAUGCAACUGAUUUCGAUCUAUCUUCUUAUAUUGAUAUAACACAAAUUACACGAUUAGAAGACCAUUUUAACAAGUUAAAACAAUUUGAUUUUUUUAGAAGAGAAUUUGAUAGAACUUACGAUAAUAAGCUUGAAUCAUAUUGGGAAUUGGAAAGUAAAUCAUCAAAAAUUGAUGAAAAAGCAAAAAGCGCGCGUCAAUUUAUGAAUAAGGAAGGAUUUCAACCAGAGCAAUUAAAAAUAUAUUUCAAUUCAAAAGAAAUUGAUAAUAUUCCUCAUACUAAAGUAACAUUCAAUACAACUGGUUUUGUCGAUGGUGAUGCACGUGAUUAUAUGAGCAACUAUCCCAUUUUUGAACGCAAAAAUGAAGGUCAAAUAAAUACUAAACAAGGAAGAGUUGAAAAUGUUAUCUUUGAUAUUCCGCCUGGUAAACAGGUAAUUGUUUUGGAUUUUGCAGAUGAAAGAAUGCCUGGUGGAUUUUUUCUUUACGGUGCUACAACACAAGAAGAAACAAUCUGUUAUAAUUCUGAUACAUAUCAAGCUUUACUCGAUCUUAAAUAUAACCGAUUUGAUGGCGGAUUCUUUAUUCCUGAAUUUGGAUGCUUAUAUAUUAAACACGUUCAAUUUUUUAAACCACCUGCGUUUAAGCAGAGACGUAUCGUUGAUAUUGUUGCUGCUGCUUGUUAUGAUUUAACAGGCAGACAUGGCUUACAUGAAACACCGCAUUCAGCUGAAGCAAUUGAAUUUAAUACGAAAAAAAAACUGGAAACAAUCAUUGCUGCCGCUCAAGCAAAUACAGAAGGGAAUGGAGAAAAUACUUAUCUUAUUCUAGGUCCUAUUGGAUGUGGAGCUUUCAAAAAUAAACUUGAAUCGAUUGCUAAAUUAUGGGCUGAAGUUUUAUUGAAACCACUAGACCCAAAUUUAAAUACUCAACAGCGUCAUGCGUUCCAACAUAUUUGGUUUCUUAGUGGGACAGAUCAGAAAUUGAGAGUUUUUGAAAGAGCUUUUAAUCUGGAUACUGAUCAACGAUUAUAA